CAUCAUGGAGAUUGGAGAUAUAGGUAAAGUUGCGAACAGAAAGAGAAUGAACGUAGAAGUAGAAAAACUUCGCGAAAAAGUUUCCAGAGAAACUACUAAAAUAAUAAAACUGAAGGUGGCUCAAGACACAGCGUACUGGGAUUUAAAAGAAAAGUUACAACAAGUUGAAGGCAACCAUGAGCGGCUGCAACAGAACAUGGUGGAGGUACAGAUGCAGCACGAGACGAUAUCCGGACAGUAUCAGGACGAGCUGAGACUGCGUCCCGACACAUUGAACAAGCUGAACAGUACUCGUGAAAUUUGUGAAGUCCUGGAAGAUUAUAGUGAGCGUUUGAAAGAUACACUGUCUAGAUGUAAGGUUGACCAGACCGCUCUGUGUGAGGCGUACCAGAAGUCUGGACAACUUGUUCGAGAUAUCAAGCAUAAGCAGAUGCAAGUGGAUGAGAAGAAUCGACAGGUUAUAGGUGGACUGGAGGACAAGGUUAAAAUGACGAGCGAGCACCAAAAACAGCUGUUACAGCUGUUCUCCGCCACGAAGCAGCAAGCGGACUCUGAUAUAUCUGAUCUAAGGAACAAGCUAGAGGCCACCCAGAAGUACAGGGAGGAUCUCAUGGGCAACGUCAAUGACUUGAAUAGAAAACUAGAUGUGUGCAACUUUAAUAUCGAAAAGAAGGAUGAAACAAUUUCAAACCUGCAAAGAGACAUGAAGCAGCUGAUCCAAGAGUUUCAGUCUCAGAGCUCUGAAGCCAAGAACACGUUGAUGAAACAGGAAAACGAUCUUAAGGAAGCUCUAGAAGUAAAUUCUUCACUGAAAAAAGCGCUGAACAAUCAGGAGCAGUUCACUCAGAGUAUGUGUGAGAAGAAUAACAGCUUGCAGGAGAAGCUCAUAUCACUGGAAGAAGACCAGCUGAACACUUCUACUGUCGUUACAGGACUUAAAAUUAACCUUGAGGAAGCUAAUGCUAAGUUAGAAAAUCUAAAGAAAGAAAUCGCAGCUUUGAUUGAUGAAAAGGAGCGCUUGAUAAACGAAAAAAAUCAUAAUGAACAGAGUUUGAUUCAUUGUCAAGAAGAAAUAGAAAAACUAAAUCAAGAAUUAAUUGAGAUAAAUAAAGAAAAAGAUGAAGUAAAAUGUCAUCUUAGUAAAGCUUUUGAAGAGUCUAAUAUAAAAUCUGUCCGCAUUGAAGAACUCACGGCUAAUAUUCAAAGCUUAAUGAAAAAUAUUGAGGAAAUCGAAAAUACUCACAAUAAUUUUAGAGUAUCAUCUGAAGAGAAAGUUAAAGAGUUAUCUGGUAUAAUUGAAUCUCGAGAUAAAGAGUUGGACUCCAAAGCAUCCACCAUCGCACAACUGAUGUCGGAACUGAAGACAAGUACUGACGUCAGGUCCAAGCUGGAGACCACCUUGCAGAAGGUCAGGAAGGAGAUAGAUGUUGAAAGAGACAAUGUGAAGGAAAAAGAGAGGAAGAUGAAUGUGAAGAUUGAACAGCUGGAAACUGUUGUCAGAGAUAAAGAUGACGAACUUUCAAAACAAAUGUCCAUAAUUUUGGAGAUGAGAAACGAAAAGGAACGUCUCCAAGAGAAGAUCCAGGGUAUGCAAAACACAAUCGAUAACAUUCAGAAGGAGUUAACGGGUCGUCCGGUACCGUCCGCGACACGCCUGGAGCCUGAGCUCGACGAUAACGCCGUCAUGCUCACACCUGGAUCUAAGAAGAGUCAGCAACCGAGUUCACCUAUCAUCCAGAAGACGCAGUUUGCGAUGCCACGCCAAGAACCUAAACUGGACAAUAUGCUCUUCAACCUGUUCAGCGACAGCAGCAUGGAAGGGGACACACUCGAUGCUUCGGAAGUGAAUCGUCGCUUCGCUGCAAUGUCUCGCGGUGAACGCGUAUCACCGAUGGCGCUGGGAGCGCUCAAGCGCCGCAGUGGCAUGCCAGCAAAGGCUGCAUAUAAAUUUAAACCUCCAGCACAAGAUGGCGACCGUUCAAUUUCUCUCUCUCAAGCUAAAAAUGAAAUGAAAAACAAAGAGCGGAGUUUCUUCAAGAAUAAGAGGAUGGAAAAUAAGCCUAAAAAAUUGAAAUAAUUCUUUCAUAAAGCUUCUCGUUAGAAAUUUGAUUAUUUUUUGUUAAAUUGUUUUGUAUCCACUUGCUUCAUUAUAAAAAACUAUUCAAAUUAAUAAAAA